AAUACGCGGAGUGAUAUAUACAAUAAUUAAAAAUGGCAGCCCCCAUAAAAGUUCCGGGGUGGUGUUGGCGUUUCCAAUUUGCUAUUAUUUUGACGGUAUUAGUAAUUCAGUCUUAUUCUGAAUCGGUAAAUCCAGAGGAGUUUUUCACUAGUGGUCAUACCAACAACUGGGCUGUGCUGGUGGACACAUCUAAGUUUUGGUUCAACUACCGCCAUGUGGCUAAUGUAUUGUCCAUCUACAGGAGUGUUAAACGCCUGGGCAUCCCAGACAGUCAAAUCAUCUUAAUGGUGGCAGAUGAUAUGGCAUGCAAUCCCCGCAAUCCUCGGCCAGCAACUGUGUUCAAUAAUGCUAACCAGCAGAUUAACGUGUACGGAGACGAUGUGGAGGUGGACUACAGAGGCUAUGAGGUCACAGUGGAGAACUUCAUCCGAGUUCUAACUGGUCGACUGCCACCAAGCACACCGCGGUCCAAACGGCUGUUGACAGAUGAGAGGAGUAAUGUACUUGUUUAUAUGACUGGCCAUGGUGGUGAUGGGUUCCUGAAGUUUCAGGAUGCAGAAGAGAUUUCCAAUGUAGAGCUGGCUGACGCCUUCGAGCAGAUGUGGCAGAAAAGGAGGUACCAUGAGCUGUUCUACAUGAUUGACACCUGCCAGGCGGAGUCUAUGUUCCACAAAUUUUACUCUCCAAACAUCUUGGCUGUGGCCAGCAGUAAGAUUGGCGAGGACUCUCUGUCGCACCAUGUAGACCCGACCAUUGGAGUGUUUGUGAUUGACAGAUAUACUUACUACGCACUGGAGUUUCUCGAGUCUGCCAAACCUGAGAGCAAGAAGACUAUGGGACAGUUUUUGAAGGUGUGUCCACGUUCCCAGUGUUCUUCCACCGUGAGUACACGCAAAGACCUGUUUCCAAGGGACCCAGACAAGGUUCUGCUCACUGACUUCUUUGGCAGCGUGCGUAAUGUCGAGCUCCUUACAGACACUAUUCAACUGGAGAAUGUUACAAGGGAGACAACCCAGCAAUGCAGUAAGGACAUGUGUGAGGAAGAGAAGCAAGGGGAGAGGCUUGUCUAUGCUGAACAGUUUCCUAUGCCAAUCUAAGGGUACUGAUCAUCUUUGUGGACAUCAGAUAAGCUGAAGAUAUAUGAGGGAUGACCAGUUUCUUUGCCAGUGAUUAUCUUUGUGGACGUCAUACUUUAGGCUGGAUAUUCAUGAGGAAUGACCACUGUCCUGUACCAGUCUGAGGGUACCGGUAUUUGGUCAUCAUUUAUGGAUAUCAAGACUCAAAGCUGGAUAAGAGGGCUGACCAGUGUUCAGUACCAUUCCAAAAGUGCUGAUCUUCUUCCUGGAUAUCUGGCUGAAGAGUGGAUGUGAGGGCGGACAAGUGGCUUGUAUCAAUCCGUUAGUGUUCAUCCUAAAACAAAGUCACCUAUUGACUGGCUGAUGGUGAGGAUGCAGAACACUGACACUAGACUAGAUAAUUAACGUAUCACUUUGGGUCGCAUACAUCUUUGUUACUACCACAUUUACAAUUAAAUAUGUGCAUGUAAUUACCAAGACUUUUGAGAGAUCACUAUAAAAAAAACAUGUUAUACUCGUCUUUUUAUAUGAAUUGGCUGUUUAAACACCGAGGUCAUUCAAGGUCGACUCUUUAGAUAUGAUUGGCCGAUGGUUUUCAUUUCGUCACCACAUUUGGUACAGAUUUACUGUUAACGAUGCUAACUUUUGUUAAAAAACUAGAUUUGUUCUUGAUUUUUGCAGUUCUGAGCAUAACAUGUACAAUCCAUGGUACACUUGUUUAUUUAUAAGUGUAUUGAAGGAAUAAGUGUCAAGGAUGUGCAUUGAUUAGGUUGCCUUACAAGCGUCAGUAGCACUGGUGUAGUGAAUUUCCCUUUAGCUAAGCAGUAGAGCAUCAGGCUCGAGAGCCAAGGGUCACAGGUUUGAGCCCCAGUGACGGCACUAUCUUGAUCACUAUUCCUCGACCUACUACAAACUGGUGCCGUUGACCCUCCCCGUUCACGGAGAGUCAAAGAACCAGGGUUGGUGUUUGGAAAAAAGGGGGAAUAGUGUAAAAGAUGUGGAUUGAUUAGGUUGCCUUACAAGCGUUAGCUGUAGGGAAUUUCCUUUUAGCUUAGUGGUAGAGCAUUGGGCUGGAGUCACAAGUUCGGGCCCCAGCGACGGCACUAUCUUUAUCACUAUUCCUCGUCCUUCUACAUAAGCGCAGGAUUAUUUUUUGGGUUAUACUAUAUAUAUAAACCAAAAUAAUUUUCUGUACGUUUAUGCAAAAUGCACAGGUUUACCAGUAUCAGUAUACCGUAACGCCCCCCCUCCAUUUUUUUUAAAAAUUAAUCCUGGUUAUUCCCCAAUUGAAAAAGACAGACAACACCGUUUUAGUUCAAAGACUGAAUAAUUAUAAGCGUAUCUAAUAUCCGAAAACUAAAUUAAUUUUGCAGUAGAAAACACAAACUGUGUUGUAAUUUCAUUGCCAAGCAACUUCAAUCAAUCAGAA